AUGGAGAUGAAUAACUCUAUGGUAAAUGAAUUCAUUUUGUUGGGACUCACCAAUUCUUGGGAACUUGGGAUUUUCUUUUUUGUGAUCUUCUUUCUGGCCUAUACAUUAAUCUUGACUGGGAACUUUCUCAUUAUACUCAUGGUGAUUAUUGACUCCCAUUUGCAUUCAACCCCUAUGUACUUCCUCCUGGCCAACCUCUCUCUUUUGGACAUGUCUCUUUCCACUCUUACUGUCCCUAAAAUGAUCAUAGACUUCUUCAGAGAAAGGAAAACAAUCUCUCUGUGGGGCUGCAUGACACAGAUGUUUCUGGCUCAUCUCUUUGGAGGUGGUGAGAUGACUCUUCUCAUAGUUAUGGCUGUUGACAGAUAUGUUGCAAUAUGCAAGCCCCUCCACUAUACAACUAUCAUGAACCAUCGAAUUCUGGUAAGAAGUGUGCUGCUCUCAUGGACUGUUGGUUUUGUGCACACAAUGAGUCAAAUGGUCUUCAUGGUAAAUCUGCCCUUCUGUGGCCCUAAUGUAAUUGAUGAUGUUUUUUGUGACCUUCCCCUUGUCUUGAAACUAGCCUGCACUGACACCUAUAUCCUAGAAUUGCUCGUGAUUGCUGAUAGUGGACUGUUUUCCCUGAUCUCCUUCAUUCUGUUGCUUGUCUCCUAUACUGUAAUAUUAGUCACUGUUUGGCACCGCUCUGCUAGUGGACUCUCUAAGGCUCUGUCCACACUGACUGCGCAUAUCACAGUGGUAAUUCUUUUCUUUGGACCAAUCACCUUAAUUUAUGCUUGGCCAGUUAGUAGCUAUACAUUAGACAAAUUUCUUUCAGUGUUUUAUGCAAUUAUUACUCCCCUCCUUAAUCCUAUUAUCUACAGCUUGAGAAAUCGGGAAAUGAAAGCAGCCAUGAUUAGACUGAGAAACAGGUAUAUCAGCUCCAAGCCAACUUUCUGA